AUGUCGGACCUCCCAGAUUACUAUUCCAUCCUCGAAAUCGCACCCAACGCCACAGAAGAAGAAGUCAAGCGGGCGUACAAGAAAGCGGCCCUGAAGUGGCAUCCCGACCGCGUCUCAGUCGACUCUCCUGAACGGCCGAAGCGAACGAAGCGUUUUCAAGCAAUCAACGAUGCAUACUAUACCCUCUCGGACAAGACCCGGCGGCGCGACUACGACGAAGCCCGCAAGUUCCACGGCGGCAGCACCUUCACCUUCGACGACUCCGCCGACGAGGAAGAAGUGCCCCGGCCGCCGCCACAACAGGCCGGGGCCACGCCCUCGUGGUUCAACAUGUUCGGCUUCGGACGUGGCGGAGACGGCCAGCAGAGUCAGUUCGCCGACCAACAGUUCGAGAGCGCGUUCGAAGAGAUGAUGCACGAGGAUGACCUGGCGGACGACAACCACGCGCCCACAAAGCGAUUCUGGACGAUCGUGGGAGGAAUCUCGGGUGGCGCGAUGGGCUUCAUCUUCGGUGACGUUGUGGGGAUGGUGCCGGGCGCCAUCGCCGGUAGCAAAGCCGGUGCUAUACGGGAUGCCAAGGGCAAGUCGGUGUAUAAAGUGUUCCAGUCCCUGGAUCAGGGUCAGAAGGCCAAGAUAUUGAGUGAGCUUGCGGCGAAGCUGUUUAGCGGGGCGAUCAGUUGA